CAUCAUGAUUUCCUUCCAUCGCUGGUUGGACAAAUCCAAGAGACCAAUUCAAGGAUAGCGGUUAAUUCGUUUGCAAGAUGCUAGAGCUGUUGAGAGGAGAACGGGUGCCGGCUUAUUAGCCAAUGCUGCAUUCUUUCAAGGACCAGACUUUGUUAAUCACUUGAGUUUACCUAUGAGGCUUCAAUUUCUGUUUCUAGGAGAAAAAGUGGGUGUUAGGAGGCCAAGAGUUGUAUAAGGGAUAUGACCUGCGUUCGCCAUUGUGCCAGCAGUGUCUCCGACCUCAAUCCGGCAGCAUUUACCGCCAGCAUUUGCCAAGCAGCUCCCUCUCUACCUCAAAGACACUUUCUGGAGGGCUCGACCGACGUAAAGCUAUUUAUAGAAGAGGAGGAUAUUGGCAUGAACACCUCGACCAGGGAGGAAGUCCAGAAGUAUGAAGGAGGACCAUCCCUAAGUAAUGCAUCGGCGACUGCGCCAACAGCGGAGAAACAAGAUCCAACAAAUGUGUAUGCAGCUGCUAAAAAGCUGGCCGAUGUCAUCAAAGGCGCCAAUGUGGAAGAUAUCAAUUCCACGAUCGAAACACUUGCCUGUCAAACUGAUUCAUUUGCCAUUUUCAAUUUCAGGGGGCUAUUGAGGGGUUCACUGCUCCACAUUGCAGCAGCCACCGGCAAUCGCGACAUCCUAAGGCUCCUGCUUAGUUAUGUCGAUGCCAACCUCAUAGCCACCAGAGAUGAUUGGGGAAAUACCCCCCUCCACAUUGCCACCAAGGCCAAGGCAUUUGAAGUCGCCGAUAUGUUGAUUCGCCGAGCAAGAGACCUCUCCAUUGGCGAGGACAAGAACUGGAUUCUGAGAAUAAAGAACAAUCAUGGAAACACCGCUUUGCACGAGGCCGUGCUUACUCGGGACGUUGGCCUAGUGCGCCAUUUAUUGGGGGAAGAUUUAGAGCCCGUGUACUGGGAGAACGAGGAUAAGAAAUCUCCCCUGUACCUGGCCCUCGACACCGGCAACUCUGACAUACUUCGGGUUUUAUUGUCGCCCUCGCUCGACCCAUCGAGAAUAGAAGGCUUGCCGCUUGCUCUUGGUGCUGUUGCGCGUAAACAAUAUGGUUCACUUGACGAGAUACUCAAAAAGAACAAGAAGCUAUUUGCAAUGACCGACUCCAAAGGCGGUAAUGUAUUCCAUUUAGCAGCUUUCUUGAAUGAGCCACGGAUAUUUGAUCUCUUACGACCAGAGACUGAAUAUUUGGUCCGAGAACGGGACACGAAUGGGGAUCUUCCCAUUCACAUUGCGAGCAAGAUGGGUCAUGUUGAACUAAUCGAGAAGCUACAUUCGGUAUCACCGUGGUUAAAUGGGCAAGGACAAACCAUCCUUCAUGUGGUAGCAAAAUACGGGAGAGAAAAGGCAGUGAGAUAUAUAAUCGGACAUCCAAAUAUGCGGGAGAUGAUAAAUGAAAGAGAUCAUGAUGGAAAUACACCUCUACAUUUGGCAGUGAUAUAUUUACGACUCAAUGUUUUGAUUCAUCUUGUGCUGGAUGAAAACAUUAACCCCUCCCUUCUCAACCGCAAAGGCUUGGCUGCUGUCGACAUCGCUCUAAAUCACCCACCAAGAGGGUUACGGUCGGGCUUCGAACACUUGCUGUUAUUAAGCGUGUCAGCUGAGAGUUCAGAUCUAAUCAUACUUAAGCCGGAAGCUCGAGACAGAGCGUAUGCGAACAGAAGUUUGCCAAUCCCUGACAGACUGAGGGAGGGUAUCAAUACCUCGAUGGUGGUGGCAACGCUUGUGACCACUGUGACUUUCGCAGCUGGUUUUGCAGUUCCUGGAGGAUUUAUUAGCUCAGAUACGACCUCCAAAGAUGAUUGGGGUAUGGCUACGAUGCUGGACAAUAGAAUGUUCCAGGCCUUCGUGAUUUGCAACACCAUUGCAAUGUUCUGCUCAAUGACCUCGGUUGUUGGCUUCAUGUUGGCGUACCUGACCGAAGUCCGCUCAGCAAUAGUUGGAUGCCUGCUUGCAGGAGUGCCACUAGCAAUUGCACUCCCGGCAAUGUCUGCCGCUUUCUUAAUUGGUGUCACCUUGACCAUUGGCAAAUUCCAUUGGCUUGCCACCGCGAUAUUAAUCUUGGGAUCCGUUUUCAUCCUCAUCAUUACAGGUGCUAUAUUAUCACCGGUGGUUCUUUUAUCAUUACUCUUCUUACCCUUCUUUGUCCACCGCCUUCGCCCUAUCCGUCCUCUGACAUGCAGGUUUUUUCUCGCUUACCUUCGUUUUCUUCAAGUUGGGACGUUCAAUUUGGAUGACCCAAAAGAGGAUCGAACGGGGAGCAUGACCUCUGCUAGUCCGCCUCUGGAUGGUGGCGAUGGAGAUUGAUUUGCAUAAAUAAAUAUAUAUAUAUAUAUAUAUAUAUAUAUAUAUGUAUGUAUGUAUGUAUGUUUGCCUUGUUGGAUUUGGCUUUUUCUAUAGUUGCUUUCCUAUUGCAUUACAUUUGAUGAUUGCUAAAGUAUAUAAGUUCAAACAUCUCUUCCUUUAGCUACUUCAAUUUAGUUCCACAACAUUUUAUAUGAUAUCAAA